AUGGCAGCCCAAGCCUUUGGCGCCUUCAUCACCCAUGAAAGUGAUCCUGCCCCUCUCGUUCCCGCCCUUGCCCCAAUCGUCCCCCGCGACCACAUCACUGCAGGUACGCCUACCGAGUAUGAGCUGGACGGAAUGAAAUGGGGUCAGCGGUUGAAUGGCCCUGGCCCUCAAUUGGAGUCCUCACGAGACUCUUCCCCCACUGGCAUCGGUCGAGCUCUCCCCCAGACUCCUGGAGAACUCGAACGGAGCCAACCGCCAACCCCCCAGCGAAACCAAGCUGUUGAUGCCCUCGUUCAGUCGAUGUGGAAUCCGCCAAAGAACCGCUGGAGGCUCGCUUCGUCCUCUCUGGCCUUCUUCCUCAUGGGUGUCAAUGAUGCGGCCACUGGUGCUCUGAUCCCAUACCUGGAGGCCGAGUAUAAAAUCGGGUAUGCCGUUGUCUCGUUGAUCUUCGUUACCAACGCCGUUGGUUUCAUCUCCAUGGCACCGGUAACACAAAUCAUCGACGGCCGUCUCGGACGAGCUCGAUCUCUGAUGAUUGCAAUGGGCCUAUUGACCGGCGGCUAUGUCGCCAUCGUCUGUACUCCGCCAUUCCCCGUCGUGGUUGUAAGCUUCUACUUCAUGGGGUGUGGCAUGGCCCUGUUUCUGGCCAUGACCAAUGCAUUUAUAGUGAACCUCCUGAAUGGCACCGUCAUCCUGGGCUUCUGCCACGGUCUUUACGGACUCGGAGGCAUAGUUUCUCCCUUAAUGGCUACUGCGAUGGUUUCCCAUGGAGUCCACUGGGCAUACUUCUAUCUCAUCCCCCUCUCCCUCUCCCUAUCGUCGCUCUUCUUCCUCGGCUGGACCUACAAAGGCUUUGAAAAUGAUAUGGCGGUGCGACUUCUUACCACCCUCGAACGCACAGCCUCGCGCCAGGCCUCUGCUUCCGGCGAACCCUCCAAAUGGCAGCUGCUGAAACAUGCCCUCGGGAAUCGAGUCACCCUUUUAGGCGCCACCUUUAUAUUUUUCUACCAGGGCAGUGAAGUGGCCAUAUCUGGCUGGGUCAUUUCCUACCUGAUCCAUUAUCGAAAUGGCAAUCCCGCCCACGUGGGCAAUGUCACGUCCGGCUUCUGGGCCGGCAUUACCGUCGGACGGUUUGUCCUGACCCAUUUUGCCCACAAACUGGGCGAGAAGCUCUCGGUUCUGCUUCUCAUCGUUGGUGCGGCGGUGUGCCAACUCCUGGUCUGGCUGGUCCCCAACAUCAUUGGAGACGCGGUCGCCGAGUCUAUUGUUGGGCUGUUCCUCGGACCGGUUUACCCAUGUGCCACCGCGGUCUUGUCCAAGUUGUUACCACGGAGCAUCCAGAUCGGCAGUUUGUCGGUUGUAACGUCUAUGGGAUCUUCAGGAGGGGCGCUGGUCCCGUUCAUCACGGGGCUGUUGGCGCAGAAGUUGGGGACCGUCGUGCUUCAUCCGAUUGUUUUGAUAUCAUCCGCUGGCAUGACGGUGGCCUGGCUGCUACUCCCUCGGAUCUCCAAGAGAACAGAGUGA